AACAAUGUUAUUAUCAGACUAAAGUCACAUAAACGUCUUGAUCUGAACUCUGAAUCCAUUUGUUUGUUAUCAGAUCAAGUUGGAUCCAUUUCUUGUCCUUUUGGCUGGACUCUGAUCWACAAUCGCUGCUUUCAAUAUGUUGCCAAUGAGAUGACUUGGGCUGCAGCUGAGAGAAACUGUCUGGYCUUGGGGGCAAACCUUGCAUCAGUUCACAACUUGAACGAGUACAAACAGAUCCAGACUCUGAUAUUUACAGCAAGUCGUGAUUCCCAAGUAACAUGGAUUGGAGGCUCUGAUGCAGAGGAGGAUGGUAUUUGGUUGUGGAGCGAUGGAAAUCAAUUUAGCUACACAAAUUGGUGUCCAGAACAGCCUGAUAACUGGAGAGGCAGACAGAGCUGUUUAAAGAUAAACUUUUCAGAUGGAAAGUGCUGGGAUGACAUGUSGUGUGAUCACCRUCAGCCUUCUGUCUGCGUCAAGAAAMCCUGACCACACUGAGGUUCCCAAAGAGGCCUGAUGUGUAAAACAGAACCAGUGGAGGAUGAAUGCUAGGAGUUUCUGUUUACCUGCCUUUUUUCACCUUCAUAGAAAACCCAAAAUAUAUUUCUGCUUCUUUUCUUCAUAAAAUUUCUGUCUUUUAUGCAACCAAAGGAAUGAAGCGACAAGCAAACAGCAGCUGGAUUGUCUCUCUGUAAUAAGAUCAACAGAAUGAGUUAUAGGAAAGAAUCAUCUUAGCAAAAGUUUCUUCUGUUCUUUGGUUUAGCAAGAAUAAAACUUUGAGGAAUCAAAACGAGA